CCCGCGAAGCUCGAGCUGCGCUGUCCCACGAGCAGGCAAUUUCACAACCUAUUUCAGCACGGGACAGAUCUUGCACUGUCUCAUGGCAACAUGGCGACUGAGUUUCAUAACCUCCAGGAGUUGAGGCACAGUGCAUCCCUGGCCACCAAAGUGUUUAUCCAGAGAGACUACAGUGAAGGAACCGUCUGUCGCUUCCAGACCAAGUUCCCCUCUGAGCUGGAUAGCAGGAUCGAGCGGACCCUAUUGGAGGACACGGUAAAGACGUUGAACACCUACUAUGCAGAGGCAGAGAAGAUGGGAGGCCAGUCCUACAUGGAGGGCUGUCUGGCUUGCGCCACAGCCUAUAUCAUCUUCCUCUGUAUGGAGACGCACUAUGAGAAGGUAUUGAAGAAGAUCUCAGGAUACAUUCAGGAACAGAAUGAGAAGAUUUAUGCCCCCAGAGGUCUACUUCUAACAGAUCCGAUAGAGAGGGGCAUGAGAGUCAUGGAGGUGAGCGUGUUCGAGGACCGCGGCUCCAGUGGCUCCAGCCUCAGCAGCAGCGCGACGUCUGGGGGCAGCGCCCAGCGGUGACUGGAGGAUCAGCCCCGGGGGUACGUCCACCACCACCCCCACCACCACAGAGCCAGCGGAUCCCUCAUCAACGUCCGCAUGCUGAAACAUGAGAGCACGCGCUUCUGAGCGUACGUCAUCAAUGCACUUUCUCCCGGUUCUUAGCGUGGAAGUACAUAUGAUACGGGAAGCAGAUAUUGAUUGUAUUUACUGUCUGUACAGUAGUUCUGAGCCAGAGACAGUGGGGGGGAUGGGGGGGGGGGGUCAGGAUCUUCAGGCUACGGUCAACAGAGGCAGCCGAAGCACUGUAAGGCCAUGAGCUGACAUGUGUAAUGAUAUAUGUAGCAUUUAAGCAGAGACAAACGCUCCUUGGUGUGUUUAAAUUUUUUUUGAUAAAAUAACCCCACGAGUGUCAGUGCGCUCACAGUGUGCAAUUGGGACGCACAUUUCAGACCACUUUCCCAACCGUCUACUCAUUUACACAUUAGCAUUCUUCUUUGUCAGCAUUCCAUGAGUUUAAACAGGAGCAUUAUUCCAUAGACAAUAAAUCAAUGUCAUUUGAAUUGGCUCCUACUGCAUAAGCUGACAUUCAAACCUGACCAGGGAAGACCAACUUUUGUCAGUAGAGUGGGUUGUUUUGGAGCAGCAAUAGUGUAGCUGUCUUAUUUUUUUUUUUAUGCUGACGAAUCCACACUUACCAGCAAUGUUCUGGAUUUUCUUUUAAGCAUUGCGAAAAUGAGUCAGUACCGACAUGUCCUGUUCUGUUUGCACUUCCUGCUUCAUCACUGUGUGUGUGUGGUUGUGUGUGCAAUCGUGUUUAUGGUAUGACUGGCUAGUUUCUUUCACAUGUACCUGGCCAGGACUUCAAACGCUGACCAUUGAAACACCUUGGAUUAUUUAUCCAUCGUCAUUCAGAGCUUUGGGUACUGGUGAUCCACAUCGCCCCCCACACACACACACACACACACACACACACACAGGGACAUGUGCAAACGCUCAAUCUCAACCACACACACCUGUGGCCACUGGCCUUGCGUUCCUACACACAAUGUCCUGGCAGCCCAAAAUCCAGCCGGACCAGGUGGUCUCAGGUCUCUCUCACACACACAUAUACACACACACACACACACACACACACACAGGCUGUCAGGCACAUACUUUUGUUCUCUUUCCUCUUUCCUUUCUCCUUCUCCCUCUCUCUUAUUCUCUCCCUACCCCACACAGACAGCCAGGCAGUGUUCUCUGUGGUUUCAGCUCAUUGGACUCACAAGCAAACCUCCAGCCCUUUCAGGCCAUGCUAUCCCCUUCCCUGGCCUGUACAACUGCUAAACAGUCAGGCUAAUUGCAGAUUGUUCAUUUCUCCAAAUGAGGCCUGUACAACGUUUAUUUGGUUUAUUUAGACAGAUGUGGUUUCCAGAGGAUUGACUCAAUGUGGUUUUAACACUACAUCUGUAUAAUGGCUGUUCUCUGGUCUUUCUGUAUAGGAACCCCUGGGUGUUAAUGGCCAACCCCACUGUGGUACAUACAGACACACAACACACAAACACAGAAUACACACACACAUGCACACACACUCACACACACACAGACACACACACUCUUCACACAUGGACAUAACUGACUGCCUCUGCUUGGGACCGAGAAAGAUCAUUUGAAUAGGUUUAAAGUGAUUACAAAUCUCUAUGCCAGCUGGGUCUGACUGGGAUUUCCUCUGUGGGUACUUGGCUAUCACAGUGAACCAUAGAUACUGAUUAAAGAACAUAAAGGCAUAUCUCCAUGGGUUUAACUACUGUGUUAUCAAACCACACAAUGAGACUUCAAAGCAAGUGGCUGAGUCCAUUGAGCCUGGGCAUAAUGUAGCUGUCCUCACCCUCACUCGCUCUCUGCUCUCUCUGUCUUUCUCUCUAUCUUCCUGUCUAACACACACGCAUACUCACAUUGCAUGAAUGGCAACAGCGCUCUGUAGUUAGAGAUUAUAGUAAUGCAGUAAUAGCAACAGUAAUCUAUAGUUGUAGAUUAGAGUAAUGCAGGAGUAAUAAUCUCAGGAUUGGUAAUCCCAUUCACAUAUUCACAUUUCCCAGAAAAGAUGUCACCAUCAAGAAGCAAGUUGUUUCGUUCUCUGUCUGGCUUUGCCAUCCCCCGUUUCCACUGCCGUUCUGUUUGUCUCUUCAUACGUGACACACAGUUACCACCCUCUAGUGUUUGACCUGAGGAGGUGCUUCCAAUGUUGCCCAUAAUCUCAGGGCAAUUUUGAGAUGUACCGUUGAUGGUUAUGGUUAGGAUUGACGAUGAGUAUUCAAAUUCCAGAUUGGUUUUUAAGAGCCACCUUCAAAAUCCCGCUAAUGAGCAGACAUGCUUCUUAGGCCUCAUAUGUACGACCCAGCUAGAGCACACCUUCCAAGUAUUAACUCAGAUCAGCUUGGCCAGGCUUGUAGUGCGGCUUCCUUUGCUUUGAUACCGUCUGAUUCUGUUCUCUGAUAAGCCUCCUGUACUUUCGAUGCCUUCAUGUUUCAUCUCUGUGGAUUGGUAAACCAACCUGGGGCUGACUGAUCAAUAGAAAGUCAUUAGACUGCCAUUGAGCCAACCUGUGAGCUCUAUGGACAUGUGUCUGAGUGGACUUGUAAAUAGUCUUUGAACUUUUCUACAUGUAGAUGCAGUUGCUUCCCUCUGGCCAUGGUGGAAAUAAAUAAGUCAACAAUAUACUAUGGUGCUUUCAGACCUCAAUUCAACUGCAUUUUGCCCAUCAAUUUCAAUGAUAAUGACAUAGUUUUUUUCUACCAUGGCUAUAUCCUCUGUAAAAUCGAGAUGUAUUUAAAGUCUGGUGAUUGAGUUGAGUACUCAAUUGUUGUUAUGCUGUAACGCUGUGAUGAUGAUGCAAAAGAUGAUGAUGAUGAUGAAUAAAUGAUACUCAGGAUAGAAGUGAAAGGUGCCAAAUAUAUAUAUACAGUACCAGUCAAAUGUUUGUACUAACUCAUUCAUAUAUUCAUCUUUAGUUUUACUAGUUUCCACAUUGUAGAAUUAUAGUGGAGACAUCACUAUGAAAUAACACAUCAUGGAGUAACACAUCAUGGAAUCAUGGAGUAACCUAGAAAAGUGUUAAACAAAUCAUAGUUCAUAGUUCUGAUGUAUUCAUUCUUUUGCUACCAUGUACUGUAGGAAAUAGUAAAACUUAAUAAAUGUACUUGAAUGAGUAGGUGUGUCCAAACCUUUGAUUGGUGCUAUAUAAAA